AUGACAGAUCAAGCCGAAGGAAUCCCUCCUACUCAGCCAAUCCGACAAGGCGGACAUACACGUCGAUCGUCCACCGCGAGUUCCCUACACCAUAACCAAUUCAAAGAUUCAUUUUUCUCAAGAACCCACUCCUUCUUCAAGCGAGACAGUCAUAUAGGUUAUGUCGGGCGACACCCAUUGCGUGGUAGCCAGGAGAUCGAGCUACAUACCUGGGAUGGUCCGGACGAUCCGGAGAACCCUUCAAUCCUAACGGGCCUUCCGGCUGGAUCAUACGGUGCGGGAAACAAAUACAUGGAGCAACAAUUCCAUGUCCAAAAUGAGCCAUUUCCUAACCUUGCAUGGGCCACGGCGUCUUGGAAUAUGGGCGCUGCAUUCUGGCCCCUGAUCUUUGUUCCAUUAACCGAAUCCUCCGGGCGUAUGCCUGGGUACUUUAUUGCAUAUUUUAUUCUGGUCGUAUCACUAUUUCCUUCGGCCUUUGCGCAAAAUUUUGCUACAUUGGUUGUUACCCGAUUCUUUGGCGGAGGUGCGUCUUCAGUGUCGAUAAACAUUGUCGGAGGCAGCAUCAGUGAUGUCUGGUAUGGCCCCAGAGCUAGGAGCUUACCGAUGUCUCUGUUUGGAUUCACGAGUGUGGUAGGGAUAGCAUUGGGUCCAUUCAUCGGAGCAGCGAUUCAACAGAUCCAUAAAAGCAGCCCAUGGAGAUGGAUCUUCUAUAUUCAAAUUAUCUAUAAUGCUGGAUUAAUCCCCGUCUUCUGGUUCAUUCUUCGCGAGACCCGUGCAGAUGUGAUAUUAAAAAGACGUGCCAAAAAGCUCCGCUAUGAGACCGGCCGCUCUAUCUACGCUGAAGCCGAUUUGGACACCACCAGCGUCUUGAAGCUUGUGCAGAUUUCCUUCGAGCGCCCUACACGAAUGCUCCUCACCGAACCUGUGGUCAUCUUUUUUACCCUGUGGGUCAGCUUCGCGUGGGGAAUUCUCUUCCUUUUCUUCUCGAGUGUCGCCCAGACCUUCAGUUCAAACUAUGGCUGGGGAACGUUCCAGACCGGUCUAGUUCAGCUAGCCAUAUCGGUUGGAGCUGUGAUUGGGACAGUUCUCAACCCUAUCCAAGAUUGGAUCUACCUCAAAUCCGCAACCCGAAAUCGUGAGCAUCCGGGUAAACCUAUCCCAGAAGCCCGGUUGUAUACUUCUAUACCUGGCAGUCUGUUGUUCGCGGGUGGGCUCUUCUGGUACGGCUGGGCCAGUGUUGGGGAUGGCUCUGUCCAUUGGAUUGUACCAACGCUGGGAAUUGGCUGUACUGGUGUGGGGAUCUACUCCAUCUAUAUGGCGGUGGUCAACUAUUUGACUGAUGCAUAUGAGAAGUACGCUGCUUCGGCAUUGUCGGCUGCUUCAAUGGGUCGCAAUACCUUCGGCGCUUUUCUGCCUCUCGCCUCUUUCCAGCUUUUUCAGAAUCUGGGCUAUGGUUGGGCUGGGUCGUUACUCGGUUUUGUCGGAGUCGCCCUAUCGGUUGUGCCUGUCGUGCUCGUACUCAAGGGGCCGGCUAUUCGUCGGCAAAGUCCAUUCAUGCGUGAGGCUAUGUUUGAGCCCGAUGAUGACAGUGAAAUGGACGGUGUCUCACAAAAGACGGAAGUGGGGUAG